AUGGGCAGCAUCCUCCCUCCCACCACGCCUUCAACCUACAAAACCCCCUGGAACCCGACCCCUCUCAUCGAAUCCACGACCCUCUCCCGCGCCGCAGGAUGUAGAAUCUUCCUGAAACUCGAAAACAUCCAACCCAGCGGCUCCUUCAAGUCCCGCGCCAUGGGCAACCAAAUCCUCUCACACCUCCUCAAGCCCGAGAACCACCACCGUCCUGUGCACUUCUACGCUUCAUCGGGCGGAAACGCCGGCCUAGCUGCCGUCUGCGCGGCCCGGAGCCUAGGGUACCCCUGCACGGUAGUGGUGCCUGUGUCGACGAAGCCGCUGAUGGUGCAGAAGCUGCGGAAUGCAGGAGCAGCGGAUGUGAUUCAGUACGGAGAGACAUUCUCAGAGGCGGGGCAGUACAUGAAGGAUGUUGUGAUGAAGACCAAGAACACCGAUGGUGAAGACAGCGAAGGUGUUGAUGAUGUUGUGAAGAUCGCCCUGCAUCCAUUCGACAACGAGCCCAUCUGGCAAGGGAACAGCACUAUCAUUGAUGAAUUGGUGGAGCAGAUCCCGCCGCCUGUCGGGGAGGAAGAGGAGGAAGUGCAUGCAGGUCGUGCGUUGCCGGUUGAUGCUAUUGUCUGUAGUGUUGGCGGUGGGGGGUUGUUGAAUGGAUUGGUUAUGGGCAUUGAGAGGCAUAGGGCUAAGGCCAGGAUGUCUUCUGCUGCUGCUGCUGCUGCUGAUGAUGGUGCUGCGAAGCCUGUUCAUCUUGUGGCUGUUGAGACCAAGGGCACGGAUUCUCUGGCUACGGCGCUGGAGAGUAACGAGUUGGUCUCGUUGCCGAAGAUCACGUCGCAGGCUACGUCGUUGGGGGCUAUUAAGGUCUCUGAGAGGACGUUUCAGUAUGCGGUGCAGCCACCGCCGGGCGUGAAGGUGCAUAGUGCGGUGUUCUCGGAUGCGGAGGCCGCCAGGGGCGUGUUGAGGCUUGUGGAUGAUGAGAGGUUGUUGGUUGAGUUGGCUUGUGGUGUUUGUGUGGAGGCUGCGGUUGGGGGGGCUAGUUGUGCUUCUUCAUCUUCUUCUUCGAAGAUAGUGGCUGCGGGUCAGAAGAGGAAGAGAGGCAUGGAUGCUGGGUAUGUGAGUAAGGAUGAAGGCUAUGGGGAUGAUCGGUUGUCUGCUGGGGAGAAUGAGGAUGAUGGUCCGGUUUCUUCGCCGUCGCUGUCGGCCUCUGCUGGGGGGCUGCAGUCUAAGUUGAAGGAGUUGGUGCCGGACUUGAAUGAAGACAGUCGCGUGGUUAUCAUUGUUUGCGGUGGCAGCAAUGUUACUAUCGAUAUGGCGGCAGAGUGGAGGAAGAUGUUGGCUGAGGGGUGGGCAUGA